AAAUCCAUCCUUCCUUGGCUGAGGGAGCGCAGCUCCGUCGUCCUCUGGAGAGUCCAUGGACCUCCAGAAGUUGCUGAUUGUUGGAUUUCUUCUGUGUCCUCUAAUUUGCUUCUUAGAACCUCUGGUUUCCUCUUCAUCAUUUUUAACUUCUGUUGGACUACAAGAGGAGGGAAGAUCAGAACCUGUCUCAAGGGGAAAGGACAAGUCCUGGCUGAACAACAUCAGGGAUUACGUGUGGGAUCUCAUCAAAAGCACCCUACCUCGGGCAGCCAUUUUGGCCUUUCUUUUGAGCUCCGCAGUAAUGGGAACCCUCUGCUGCCUCACGUAAGCUGCUGUGGGAUGAGGGGAAGGGAGGAGAAAGGGAACCCGAGCGAGACACAGGAGCAUUCAGAUUCCACACCAGCCUGCACGUCGGUAACUCAGGGAAAAUAAGGAAUGUGAUUCUGAACCCAAGGUGUGGCGGUUGAGUCCAAGUUCGUUGUUUUGCAAAACCGAAGAAUGGAUUUGUGGACAAAAACGGUU